AUAUUAAACGAGAGCAGAUGAUGCCACUUGCUCAUUGGCGACGACUUCUCUUUUCACUCUCUCCUUUCUUCUCCGUCGUCUCCAUUUCGCCUCGAUCUUGUCAAGAAGGAAUAGAAAACGAGAUCGAGAUCUUUCUUUGAUAGGAUGGGUUUGAGAUGGUAAAAAUCUUAUCUUUUGGAUUUCUUGGUAUUAAAGGAGUGAUUUUUAGGUAGAAGAUCGACGGAGAACAGAGAAGCUGGCGAACAAGUGGUGGGAACGGGUAGAUGCGGCGGCUAUGGCCGGAAUGGACUCCAGAGGGGGUGGUGCUGGAGGUGGAGGAUCUUCGUCGGGGUAUCUCCACCACCUUCUUGGCCCAGCGCAACCGCCGGCCGCGUCCUCCUCCACGCAUCUCCCUCCGCACGAGGAAUCCAAGGUGUCGCCGGAGGAAAGCCCCGGGGCUGACCAAGGCGACGGAGAAGGCGACCAACCGUCUUCCUCCGCCGCUGGCUCCGGUGGCCCUCUCCGUCGGCCCCGCGGGCGCCCCCUCGGUUCAAAGAACAAACCGAGGCCGCCGAUCAUCGUGACGCAGGACAGUCCCAACGCGCUCCACUCGCACGUGCUGGAGGUGGCCGCCGGCGCGGACGUGGUGGAGUGCGUGACCGAGUACGCGCGCCGCCGCGGCCGGGGCGUCUCCGUGCUCAGCGGCAGCGGCGCCGUCGCCAACGUGGUCCUGCGCCAGCCCGGAGCAUCCCCGCCUGGGAGCUUGGUGGCGACCCUCCGGGGGCGGUUUGAGAUCCUCUCGUUGACGGGGACAGUCCUGCCGCCCCCGGCCCCGCCUGGCGCUGGCGGCCUCACCGUGUUUCUGUCGGGAGGCCAGGGGCAGGUGAUGGGAGGGAGCGUGGUGGGCCCGCUGAUGGCCGUGGGGACGGUGGUGCUGAUGGCGGCGUCGUUCUCCAAUGCGAUGUACGAGCGGCUUCCUCUGGAAGGCGAGGAGGAGGCAGCGGCGGCGGCGGAGGGGGGACAGCAACAAGGCGUCGGCGGGCUGCAGUCGCCAGGAGCCGUCACCGGCGAAGGCGGAGGCGCGACGGCCGGCGUCCCUUUCUACAAUCUGGGAGGAAGCUAUCAGCUUCAGGGCCAAGGCGACGGAUUUGACUCCGGUUGGGGCGGCGGCGGCAGCGGCGGAGGCGGCAGCAUCCGGCCACCGUUCUGAUUCCAGCAAAGAGUCCAAUCAAUUCCUAGCCACUUCCUCUCCUGCCGUGAUUCCCUCGUUUAAUUUCACAUUGGCGAUCGAUUAAUUUAUCAAUGUAUUGGAGUAGUUCAUCAUGUCAAAGAUGGCGCCUGUUUUGCAUGCAAGUGUUGAAGCUGCAACAUUGCCUUUAAUGCCGAUUGCCUGCAUUUUGAGUAGCCCAUGAGGGACAAUAACAAAGAAUCAUUAAACCUCUGCUGUUUUCUCUCCUCCUCCUCGUCCUCCUCCCCCUCCUCCGAGUUAUGGAGGAAGAGGAACGGAGGAUAGUCAAAAUCAAAGAAAGCUAAAUGGAAAAAGUGGCAGUUAUGUUUG